AACCCGGUCGUGAACUAUGAUGUUAAUGCAAGUGUAUAAUCCCAGAUAUUCACCAGGGAAGUGCUCUGAAAGGAAGCUAAACUGAAAUCUGAAAUUAGUAAAAGAGAGAAUUAUGUCGGAACCUCCAAAGCGUGUAGCGGUUAUUGGAGCGGGAGUCGCUGGACUUAGCGCACUCAGAAAUCUACUCACCUCAAAGAAGGACUAUGUCCCGACAUGCUUUGAAAGAGGAAGUGACGUUGGUGGACUGUGGUUGUAUAACAAGAACACACAUGUCGAUGACAAUGGAAUGCCUGUCUUCACAAGUAUCUACCGGGAUUUAAUCACAAAUAUUCCAAAACAUUUGAUGGCAUUUCCUGAUUUUCCGCAUAAACCUGGACCAUCAUUCCUUUCUAGGCCUGAAGUUUGCGACUAUCUGCAAAGAUAUGCCGAUUUAUACGACCUCAGAAAGUACAUCAAGAUGAACACGUUUGUUCAGGAUGUUCGCCCAAAUAGCACAGACUGUCAUACUAAAUGGACAGUGAGCUAUUUCGAUGUGAGGAACAAAGAAGAAGUCCACACUGAAGUAUUUGAUGCUGUGAUCGUAUGCAAUGGUCAUCACGAGAAGAUGAAUUCUCCAGAAAUCGAAGGCAUUGAGGAAUUCCAAGGUGAAGUAUUCCAUAGUCACCAUUACAGGACUCCGGAGAACUUCAAGGGCAAGAAUGUUGUUGUCCUAGGGGCGUCCUUUUCUGGACAGGAUAUAGCUGUCGGGAUAUCUGCAUAUGCAAAACAGGUUUUCCUCAGCCAUCUGAAAGAUACACUCCCAACUGCAUUGCCAGGAAAUGUCGUUCAAAAAACCGGUAUCAAGAAGAUGACGAAAAGCAGAGUUGUAUUUCUCGAUGACACGGAGGAAGAGGUCGACGUUCUGGUGUUCUGCACUGGUUUUCUUGCCCAGUUCCCAUUUCUAUCCGAGGACAUCAUCCAGGUUAAUUCUGAACGUAUCACCCCGCUGUACAAGCACAUCGUACACAUUAAAUUCAGCACUCUGCUCUUUGUCGGUAUUCCUCGACUCCUAUCCUACUUUCCACAAAAUUUCGAGAUAGCGAAAGUGGUAGUUGCCAUUUUGGACGGUACCGUCGCGUUACCUCCAGAAGAUCAGAUGAUAGAAGAUGCUGAAAACGAUUUCGCUGACAGAAAACGAGAGGGACUUGAUGACACCAAAGCUCAUUUUAUGGGAGAUGGUGAUCGCCAAUGGCGCUUCAACAAGGAUAUAGCUAAACUGGCCGGACUUGAUCCACUCCCUACUUCCUUUCAACGUCUCUGGGACUAUGUUACGAUUCAAAGAGAUACAAAGUUCCUCACUUUCCGUAAACAAAAUUUUGAAAUUACUGAUACCGAGUCGUUUGUAGAAAUAAACUGAUAUGGACACCGAUUCAAGCGAAAUGGUUAUGAGUUUACCUCUAACUCCACAUAAAUCGGAGCUUGUUAUGUCGUAUAUAACUUAAAGCAUAGACAGAGACAUACAGGAUAUAAUUUUAUUAAUGUUGUAAUAGGUAAACACCCUAUGUAUAUAGUUAAGUUUCUGUGUCUGUAUUAUACGUAGUUUGUGAAACAAGAAAGAAGUCGAGGCAAGGUAGCUCUUCCUGCGUCCGAAUCGGUCUUUGUUUCAGUUUGUGGUUAACACAGUAUACCUUCAUCUUUACUGAAACUGACUAAGUGUAAAGAGUGUGAAGAGUUAUUAAACUGUUAAAACUGUAUUGAAUGGAUACUAAUCCCGGAAUUGGAAUUGAGUUUUAAAGAAAUAUAUUUUUCAAGUCUGUAGUCAAUCUUUAAAAUCGUUGAUAAAUAUCAAAAGCUAUAGGUGUGAUCAACAAGAUAUGGUAUCCAAUUGAACCAAUUUGUUUUGAUUAUCUAUUGUUGGGAGUACUUUUGCACCAAUGUUUAUGUUAUCCUGAAUUAUAUAAACAACUUGAAUACAA